AUGCGUUUACAUUUCAAUUUCUCCCGAAUGGUUGUUUCGGCUAAUUGUGUGCCGAAGGAAGUUGAGAAUUUCAUCACUGACAAAAUCUAUCUCUUUAAGAUAUCUCUAAGAAAAGAAGUUGAUUUUCUGAGUUUGAAGCCAUAUAAUGUUAAAAAGGUUGUUUGUGAUGAGACUAUUAUUCGCAAGUAUUCGGCGAUUAUGUUUGAUAAUGUUGAUAAUGGAGAUACUUCGAAGUCAUUAGAUGAUCUCUUUUUAGAGGAUUGCGACAGGCUAUCGCCCAUUGUUAAUUUGGGUAAUGAUGAUGAUUCGCUGCAGGUUUAUGGUGAAAGGUUGUUUUCACCUGCUUGCAGUGGAAUGAAAACUGAUCUUGAGAUACUUCCCGAUGAUGGUGUCAUGAGUGUUGAAAAUAAGUGUAAAGUUAAUGGCUUUAUGAAUGAUGAUUUUAUCAUUGAUGUGGAUGUUACUCCUGAUGUGUGUCCAUCAGUGGAGCGGAAGAAAAGCUUUGCUCUGAAAGAUGAAGUUGAUAUUAGCCCUGGGAUUAAGAGGAAGUUGGCUGAAGAAUUUGAUGUGCCUUUGAAGUUUAGUAAGAGGAAGAACAAGUUGGUGGCUGUUAAAAUAGAACCUAAAGAUUGAAGUUUUAUGCAUUGGAAUGUGUUUUGAGUUUUGAUUAUGGCGGUGAUGUUGUCUUUUGUGUAAGUAUCAUUAUUAACCAAUAUGCUGGUUGGACCGCUGCUCAUCUUUUAUUUUCGUUUUGUUAUUGACUAUGUGUAUA